UCAGUCGCUGGGGCAGGCACCAGGAAUCUGCCUUUUCAAUUUUAUUAGAGACAGGCCUUGGGGAUGAAGGCUGCUGGCAUCUUGUCCCUGAUUGGCUGUCUGGUCACAGUCACAGACUCCAAAAUCUACACUCGCUGCAAACUGGCAAAAGUAUUCGCGCGGGCCGGCCUGGACAAUUACCAGGGCUUUAGCCUGGGAAACUGGAUCUGCAUGGCGUACUAUGAGAGCCGCUACAACACCACAGCUCAGACUGGCCUGGAUGACGGCAGCAUCGACUAUGGCAUUUUUCAGAUAAAUAGUUUCACGUGGUGCAGAGAUGCAAAGCUGCAGGAGAAGAACCACUGUCAUGUUGCCUGCUCAGCCUUAAUCACUGACGACCUCACAGAUGCAAUUAUCUGUGCCAAGAAAAUUGCUAAAGAGACUCAAGGGAUGGACUACUGGCAAGGCUGGAAGAAACACUGUGAGGGCAGAGAACUAUCUGAGUGGAAAAAAGGAUGUGAGGUUUCCUGA